AUGAGCUCAAAAGUAUACUAUUCUUUCUACAUACGUUGCCAUGUCAAAGUCGAAGGAAACUUCUUUACCACAGGCGAGAGCACUCAGGGGGAGAGUGCAACGGUGAUCGCAAAAGAAGUCUUCAUGUGUUCGAGUCGUCUUCAUGUGUUCGAGUCGUCUGAUGGUCUUGGCAGUGGAUGUCAUUGGUUCGAUGACACAAACUCAAGAAAUCUCUCAACUUCUUCACAGAUCGUGAAACGAAUAUAG